UCAACGAAGCUCCCCGCUCUGGGGAACGCGGAAACGGUGGUGUUUAUAUAUUCGAGUGGGCGGAUCGUUCUGCAUUGGCCUUCGUUGUUUCACGUAGCUAAGCCGAAGAAGAAGAUGGUUCAGAACACCGACGAGCGUCAAGCCUUCUGCGGCACCUCGAUCGGCCUCGCUUUCCUCACCACCAACACCGUCCUCUCCGCCUACCGAGCCCGGCAUGACCCGUGGACCGUCGCAUUCGUGCUCUUCGCCUACCUCGACCUCUUGGCCCUUUUCGGCUGCCUCCGGGCCUACGAGAAGCAGCGCGCGGAGCCUCUCGGCACGGUCGAGAUGAACACGAGUCUAAAGGUUGCAAUUUGGGUGCUCGCCAACGCUCUUAAUGUGGCAUUCGCUUACCGUGUCGCUCAGAUGAUGCCUCUGGCUUUGUACGCCGUCGUCUGGGGUAUGUCUGGAUUCACCCUUCUGGUUACCUUCUAUGGGCUAUUCCUGUGUCCUGAACCGGAGAACCUGAAGAACAAUGACACCGAGGAGGUUCUUUUCUCGGAGUUUUCCCCUGAAACGAAGGUGUAGGCUUCCUUUCAUUUGAAGGAUCGCAAGUUCUAUGAUUCAAGCUUUAGCACUGUGGUUAGUCUCCGCCGAGCAUUGGCCCGAUCGUGGGCCAAAAUGUAGUUAGGCUAUGUUUUUUCAGCUUUAAGCUAAACUUGUACAUCCUUGGAUGGAAGCCCAACCUAAAACUAGCCUGACAGGCGUCAGGUCAUCCCAGACCCAUUUCCAGCUCUCUCUCUUUCUCUCUCUCUCUCUAUAUAUAUAUGAAUCAUUGUUAUUCCAAGGCAAAGAUUCAAUCAGUUGGCCAGCAUCAAGGAACUAUUGGUAGCGGCAUGUGGUUAAAUCGAAAUAAGGAAUAUCAAUUUUGAUAAUUUUGUUAUCCAA